AUGUGUGACACCGUUUGCACAUCUGAAUCACCCGUCUGUCAGCAUGCAGGCUCGGGCACCACUCGUGGCAACCUGCCUUGUGAGCAACUGUUGGAAAUGGUUUGGCGCGAAUUGUGGGUGGAUUCUGAAGAUGAUCUUUCUCGAAGUUAG